AUGGAGAAUCCUUUAAAAUAUUUUUACUUUUUAAAUAAUACGAACUUUGAAAAUUGGGACUCUUUUUUUAUAAUUUUUAACAUAAUUGUGGUUAUUAUAUCGAUAUAUUUGAUAAGAUAUAUAAAAAAGUCGUCAAAGAAAAAUUUUACAAGCACAGAAAAUUCCAUAAAUGAUGAUGAACAUUUUCUGUAUGAAAAUGAAAUUGAAUCUUUAGAAAAAUUCGAUUUAAAAGAAAUAUCUAAAAAUAUUUGGGAUUCAACUUAUAAAGAUAGUUAUGAAGGAGAUUCGAUAGAUGACUUGAGUGAAAUAACUGGAUAUACAGAAGCAAGUAAUUGUGAUACAUGCUAUAUUAGAGAAAAUAUACAAAUAAAAAAAUACCUCAAAAUAAAUGAAGAAUUAAAUUAUAUCAAAGAUGAUUUAGGUAUUAUAGAUAUAGAACUAAAAAAACUUUUAGAAAAAGAAAAAAAUAUUAAUAUUAAAGAUAUAAAUAAUAUUUUAAAUUCAACAAAUUAUGAAUCUAAACAUAUUCAUGAAUCAAAUAAAGUUUUUAAUAGAUUAAAAAAUAUUACUAAUACCGAAUAUACUAAAAAUGAUAUAAAUAAAAAUUCAAUAUAUUCUAUAAAUAGUAUAGACACAUUAAAUAAUUAUUCAAUUGUAAAAAAUGAUGCGAUCAUAGAGGAAACUGAUAGAAAAAAAAAAUCUAUAGACAAUGUAAAAUAUAAUGGUACUUACCAUGAUUUAAAAGCAGCUAACUCGACCGACAAAUCAAACAUUCCAAUUCAGAGUUACGAGGAAAAUUCGAAUGGGCACACAACACAAGAUGGUGCACAAGGUUCUAGUGAGUGUUUGAAUGAGUUGGAAAAAUUUGAAAAGCUAAAAAAAUCAUCAAAACAUAUCAAGACUAGCAAUGCAAGCAAAGCUGAAAAAACAGACGAUCCAGAAAAACUUACCGAAAUUAGGGAUCCAAACAAAACUGCAAAAACAUAUGAAUCUGAAAAAUUUAUCGAGAAUAGAGAUACGGACAAAACUGCAAAAACACACGAGCUUGAAAAACUUAUCGAGACUAGAGAUGCAAACAAAACUGCAAAAACAUAUGAAUCUGAAAAAUGUAUCGAGACUAGAGAUCCAAACAAAACUGCAAAAACAUAUGAAUCUGAAAAACUUAUCGAGACUAGAGAUCCAAACAAAACUGCAAAAACAUAUGAAUCUGAAAAAUGUAUCGAGAAUAGAGAUACGGACAAAACUGCAAAAACACAUGAGCUUGAAAAACUUAUCGAGACUAGAGAUACGGACAAAACUGCACACACUGUGAGUGAUGACAAAACGAACGAUUUAGAAAAAUGUGAACAAAGCGAAAAAAUAAAAAAUGAUGAAAACCAGAGUGAAGAAAAAACAAAAUCAAAACAAAAAUUGGGGGUAAAACUUAGUAAAUUUAAAAAGCCAGGCAAAGAUAGUUCAUUUGUUGGUUUAAUAUAUGGAUUAUUCAAUAGUAAUAAAAAAGAUAGUAAGGUAGGAGAAAAACAAAAUGAGGAAAUAAAAAAUACAGAAAAUUUUAAACAUUCAAUCCAGACAUUAAAAGAUAGCAAUAAUACUAUCGAUACUGGUAAAAACAAAGACAAUCAAUCAAUUUCCUUAAAGAUAAAUGACAAUGAUGAAAUAUAUUAUGAAAAGUUGAAUGAUUCCAUAAGAAAAACUGACUUAUUAAAUGAGCGUAGUGAAGGGGUAGACCAAAAGAAGCGAAGCGAAGUAGUGGAUAAAUUCAAGGGCGUAAAAAAAGUAGAAAAUGUAGACGUAAAUAAUAAGGAAGUAAAAAAUAGAGAAGUAGAAAAUGUAGACGUAAAUAAUAAGGAAGUAAAAAAUAGAGAAGUAGAAAAUGUAGACGUAAAUAAUAAGGAAGUAAAAAAUAGAGAAGUAAAAAAUGAAGACGUAAAAAAUAUAGAAGCAGAAAGCAUAAAAGUAGAAAAUGAAGAAGCAAAAAAUAUAGGCAUGGGAAAUAUAGAAGUAAAAAAUAGAGAAGAAGAAAAUAUAGAAGCAGAAACCAUAAAAGUAAAAAAUGCAGGGGUAGAAAGUAAAAACAUAUAUGGAUUAAAUAACGAAAAAGCUAAAUAUUCAAUAAACAGCAAAAUGAAUAGCCCACAUAUUAAGGAUAUUGAAAAUAUAUCACAAAAUGAAGUUCGAGAAAUAAGGGAAAAUAAUAUUAUCAAUUCUAUGAAUGCAAAAGAAAGCAUAAGUAUAUCAAAUAAUAGUAAUUAUAAACAAACAAAACUAACAAAUGGCCAUAUUUCUAGUCAAAUAGAAAAUGUACCUAAUAGUAUCAGCGAGCAAAGUAAUAUAGAUAAUGCAACAAAUACAUCAAACGAUUUAAUCUUAAAAACCUCAAAAAAAUCUUUAUCAGAAAAUAGUCAAAACAAACAAAAUCCAAGUAUUAUAACAAAAUCAAAGGAUCUAAAUCAAAAUGAUUCUACUGUAAGCAUCUAUUGUGAUUAUGAUCAUGAAAAUGAAAAUGAUUCAGCAAAUAAUACAUUAAAUUAUGCAGAAAAUAAUUCAUUUGAAAAGGAAGAAAAAACAAAUUUCUACAGUAACGGUUCAGAAAAAUUGUCACUUGAAGGGGACGCAAAAUUACAUCCUCACAUUGAUGAUUCAAAUAAAAAAAAUUCAAAGACAAGUAUUUGCAUAACAAACUCCGAAGGUCAUUCAAACAAUAUGGAAUCAAAUAGUGAUACUUACAUUAAUAGUUCAGAAAAUUGUUCAAGUAAGGAGGCAUCAAAAUUGGAUUCAUAUUUUAAAAGUACUGAAUAUUCAAUUAAAGAAGGGGAAUCAAAGACAAAUUUACACGUUAACGAUUCAGAAUAUACUUCAAUUAAAAAAAUGUCACGAGUUGCUUCUUAUAUUAAUGGUUUAGAAAAAACAUUAAGCAAAAAGGGCUUGAAAUCCGAUUCUCAUAUUAACAAGACAGAAAAAAUACAAACUGAAAGGGACUUAAAAAUCGGUUCCCAUAUUAACAAUUCAGAAAAAGUACAAAGUGAAAUGGACUUAAAAAUUGUUUCUCAUAUUGACAAUUCAGAAAAAAGAUUAAGUGAAAACGACUUAGAAAUUGACUCUCACAUUAACAAUUCAGAAAAGAGAUUAAGCGAAAAAGACUUGAAAAUUGAUUCUCACAUUAACAAUUCAGGAGCAAUGCUAAGUGAAAGCAAUACCAAAAGGGAUUCUCAUAUUAACAAGUCAGAAAAAAGGCAAAGUGAAAGUGAUACCAAAAGGGAUUCUCAUGUUAACAAUUCAGAAAAAAGGCAAAGUGAAAGUGAUACCAAAAGGGAUUCUCAUGUUAACAAUUCAGAAAAAAGGCAAAGUGAAAGUGAUACCAAAAGGGAUUCUCAUGUUAACGGGUCAGAAAAAAGACCAAGUGAAAGUGAUAUCAAAAGGGACUCUCAUAUUAACAAGUCAGAAAAAAGGCAAAGUGAAAGCGAUACCAAAAGGGAUUCCCAUGUUAGUAGUUCAGAACAAAUACUACAUGCAAAGGAAUUGAAAGUCGAUUCUCACAUUAACAAUUCAGAAAAAAGAUUAAGCGAAAGGGACUUAGAAAUUGAUUCUCACAUUAACAAUUCAGAAAAACGAUUAAGCGAAAAAGACUUGAAAAUUGAUUAUCAUAUUAACUCAGAAAAAGGAUUAAGUGAAAGGGACUUCGAAAUUGACUCUCAUGUUAACGGGUCAGAAAAAAUACCAAGUGAAAAAGACUUGAAAGUCGAUUCUCAUAUUAACAAGUCAGGAAAAAUACAAAGUGAAAGUGAUGCAAAAAGGAAUUGCUACAUAAAAGGGUCGAAAAAAACAUUAAACGAAAGGAGCUUACAGAGAGGUUCGUAUAUUAGUGACUUGGACAAUAAUUUGAUUUAUGAGGAUGUGGGAAUGAAUCUUAAUAUUAACGGUUCAGAAAAAAUGUCAAGUGAUAGCAAUGCAAAACAAGAUUCUCAUAUUAAUGACUCAAAAAAAGUUGUGAGCGAACAAAUCAGAAAGGAAAAUUCCCUUUUCACAAGUUCUUAUAAAUGUGACAACGAAAAAAGUUCAAAUGAAAAUAAUAAUGAACUUACAAUAAACGAUUUAAAUGAUGCACAGUCAGAAAAUAGUACAGGUGAAAACAGCCCAAGAAAUGUUAAUAUUAUGAACAAUUCAGACAAUAUUUUAAAUGAAAAAAAAAAGUUAGAGUUAGAAGACAUGAACAGUUUAAAUGAUUCAAGCAUAAUAGAAUCAUCUGGAAAAAGUUCAAAACAGAUAAGAAAACUAAAAGAAUAUUUUGUAGAUGAAAAUAAAAAUGUAAGCACAUUAAAUGAUUCUAAAAAUAAUGUAAGUGAGAAAGCAGAUCAAAAUUCAAGAGAAAAUUCACAACAAUUCAAAAUAUAUGAUUUUAAAUAUCUUAAAGAAAAAUAUAAAUUACAAAAAGAAAAGAAAGAACAGGAAUUAAUUCAAUUUCAACAUAAUUUAAAGAAUGAAUUUAUAGAAUUAAAUGAAAUAAGAAAAAAUAAAAAAAAAAGUCUAGAGAAUAGUCCAGAAAAUUCAACAAAUAAUAUACAAGGAAUUACAAACAAUGGAAAUAGAAAUAAUAAUGACACAUUAGACGAUUCUGCUCAAUUAGAUGCAUCAUUACAAAAUUCUAAAAUAAUAUAUGAUCAAGGAAAUGUAGAUAUAGGAAACACAACAAAACCAUAUGAAUAUACAAGGCAUAGUACCAACACAGAUAUUCUAAAUUUCGAGAAGAAAAUAAUUGACGAAUCUGAAAAUCUUAAAAAGUGGAAGUCUCAUGUAAUAUCAAAGAAGUAUGAAGAGGAUUGGCUAUCGUCAGAUGUUCUUUUAUCAUGUUUUUUGAACUUUAUUAAGUUGAAAAAGUAUGUAAAUAUAGCUGAGUUAUCCGUUAAGUUUCAGACAACAACCGAGGAUAUAAGAGAAAAACUCGAGGAGUUAGAGACGCUAGACAUGAUAAAUGGCGUUUUAGAUGACAAAGGGAAUUACAUUUAUUUAUCACAAGAAGAAAUCAAUAAAUUAUGUUUGGAAAUUCAAACAAAUGGGGAAGUUGAUACCCAUGAAGAUUUCGUGAAUAUUUGCAACAAAAUUAUAUCACUAAGUAUUAAUGAAGCGGACAUGAAGAAAUUAAAAGAAGAAGAGGAAAAAAUUAUUAAUGCCAAAACGGAGAUGCUUUGA